AUGGCACCGAGCACGAUGAAAGCAAUUCAAAUCCAACAGUUUAAUGAGCCGUAUCAUGUAUCCGAAGUGGCCGUUCCUCAACCAAAGCCACAUCAAGUAUUAGUGUGCGUCAAGGCUGCUGGUUUCUGUCAUACCGAUUUGAUGGCUCUAAACAAUGAAUUUGGAACCCAAUUACCCUUUAUCGGAUCCCAUGAGCCGGCGGGGAUAAUAGAGGAAGUUGGUUCUCGAGUCACGGAGUUUCAGAAAGGCGACCGUGUCGGCUGCAUCAACUUUGAUAGUGUUUGUGGAAAAUGUCCGGACUGUAAAGCUGGUCGUCCUAUCUACUGCGAUGCCCCGAUGAUGAAGGGCAUCACUGCUGAUGGAGCCUGGGCCGAAUACAUGGUCGCAGAUGCUCGAUUCAUGAUAAAACUACCUGAUGAUAUGGAAUUUAAAGUGGCAGCACCUCUGAUGUGCGCCGGGAUUAGCAUCUAUGGCGGCAUAGUUCGAGCCAACGUGCCCCAAGGCGGCUCGAUUGGCAUUGUUGGGAUUGGUGGACUGGGCCAUAUCGGUACCCAAGUUGCCAAGUGCAUGGGCUACAAGGUCGCGGCAAUCGAUGUAAAGCAGUCAGCUCUGGAUGCAGUGGCAUCCUACGAACACAAGCCCGAUGUAUCCAUUCUGGCCACAGACCCAGUGGAAAAGUCCCAGGAAAAGAUUAACAAGGCUGUCCCUGGCGACUAUCCAGGACUCGAUGCGACCGUGCUAGCCACAGAUCAUCCAUCGGCCUUUGAAUUAGCGGCUGCUCUUACGCGGAAGCACGGUAAGAUGGUCUUGCUUGGUCAGCCUGAAAAGGGGAUCACCAUGUCAUAUCAGACGACUAUCUACAAAGAUAUCACGUUGGUGGGCUCCUUGAUCGCGGACACAGCUGAUGCGCAGGCGUUCAUCCAGUUGUUCCACGAAAACAAGCUGCACGUGGAAGUCAAGGAGUGGAAGCUGGAGCAGGCAGAGCAGAUGAGGCAGGAAUAUUUAGCCGGAAAGUCGAAUGGCAAGAAUGUCAUUGUCAUCGAUUGA